AUGUCUGCGCAUCCUGAGACAUCUGAGCCCAACAUCAAUCCGGAAGAAGAGGAAGAGCAGGACGAGCCCAUUGAAAAGUCUGCAAAAAAAGCACAUCACAGAAUCAAAAGAAAGUCCUCCGGUAAGGGAAUUGAUUCUCUUGGCUUAGAGAAGAUCUUGGCCAACAACUCUAAAUACCGUGCUACAGAAAAGAGAAAUUACAAAUUGGAGGAUCAAAAGUUGAAGCUAGCCAAGACGGAAAUGGUGUUGAAGAUCAAGCAAGCUGAGAUGGAAGAAGUCCGUACUUGUAUUGGUUUCAUGGAGAAGCUGAAGAACCUAGGCCACUCGACAGCGGAAAUUGAGAAGUUUAUGGACGACCAAUUUUCGCGUGGUGAGGGGCCAAGUAGAUCACCCCAACCCAGCAAAGUUCAGUCUAACAAUGAAGAGGAUGAUGAUUCCUCUUCAGGUUCUGAAUCUGACUAG